AUGAGCAGAAGGAGACCUUUGACGAAAGAAGAGUUACAGUGGGAAGCUGAUCACGUGUGGGAUGAGUCUGAAGAUGAGGAGCCAUUCCAGGAUAGCGGGUCAGAGUAUAAUCCGUCGGAAAGGGAAUCAUCCGAAUCUGAGGUGGAGACAAACUAUUUUUCGGACAUCGAUGAAAAUGGAGAGGAAAGUAACGUAACCAAUAACGAUGGUAUACCCGAUAAUACACAAAAUCACAACGUUCCAAAUCCAAGAACCCCUAAUCAACUUUCUUGGAGAGUUCCAGACGAUAAUUAUAUUCCUCGAAAAGCACUUCCUCCUAGCAAUAAUUCCCCAGCUACUGUUUUGGCAGCAGUAAAUCGGUCUUCCAGUCAACUAGAAGUGUUUCUAAAAUUGUUUCCAAGGAGUCUGUUUAUGUUUAUAUCCCAGUCUACCAAUGAACGAUUGAAUAUUUUGAAUAAAACAAAGCACGCCAAAAUCGAUCAUACCGAUCCAUCUGAAAUGAUGAUAGUUAUAGGUAGUUUGCUUGUGAUGAGCUAUAACAGAGUUCCUAAUAUGCAGUUAUAUUGGUCAACAAAUAAAUCAAUGGGAAAUGAAGCCCUAAAGUCAGCAAUCUCAAGGGACCGGUUUUUGGUACUUCUUUCAAAACUAUAUUUCAAUAACCCUUCCAAGCCGCCAGAUGCUAAUAAGACAUACUAUAUCGACGAAGUUGUGUCUUGUCUGAAAAAGACUUUCAUUGCGAGUCGUUCCGAUAGUAGCUAUCAAUCGAUAGAUGAAAGCAUGGCUAAAUUCAAGGGCCGUUCGGCUCUGAAGCAAUAUAUGCCCCUGAAGCCGAUCAAAAGGGGCAUAAAGAUAUGGCAAAGGUGUGAUGCUUUGACAGGUUAUGUUUAUGAUCUUAAUAUUUAUGCUGGGAAAGAAACUGAGCAAGUGGAAGGAACUCUAGGAGAGAGAGUAGUGGCAAAGUUAUGUGAUACAAUUCAAAACGCCAAUGUUGCUUUAUGCUUUGAUAGAUUUUUCACUUCGGUGAAUCUAAUGACAAAUAUACAGUUUCCUGCAUUUGGUACAUGUAACAGUAAUAGAAAAAGUUUACCAGAUUUUGGAAAAAAAUUAAAAGAACGAGGUGCAAUGGAAGUGUAUUGUAGUGAUACUGGUUUACUUGCAACUAAAUGGAAAGAUACCAAAGAAGUGAUUUUGCUCAGUAAUUGCCAUACAUCUAAAAAAGUGAUGGAUUUGAAUACCAAAGCUCCACUAACUCAACGAACAAGGCUGUUAAUGCAAUUGUCUGCAGAAAAAGGACUCAGUGAUUUAGAAAAUGAGGGAAUAUGUGGACAAUCAUCAGAAACUGGAUCUGGCAAAGAACUUACAGCACCUAAUUCACCACCCCCAAUUAAUCCACCUUGUGAAGGAGAAAAUGCGUUACCGCAUUUCAGAGAUGUGACAGAGAUUGUAGAUUCAUUCUUGACAGCUAGCAUAUCAAAAAUAAACGAUCAACUGAUUGAUCUCGACAAUGGCCUGCUUGAUUCCCUAGGGACAGAAAAGGGCGAAGAGAUAUAUAAUAUUGAUCAGCAGGCCAGAGACACAUUGUCACAUAUACGAGAAGCUCAAAAUACAGAAGCGGAGUUCGACGAUGUUGAGUCACCCUGUGAUGACUCCGAUGCAGACCCAGACUAUGUUUCGUCUGCAUCGGCAGAAUCUCCUUCCCCCGAAUUAUCAAAUUUCGAAGAGCCCAAAGCAAAGAAGCCCAGAAGAAGAAAAAUGAAUGUAGAUGCUUGGCAAAAGAACAUUGCAAAACGGCAACGAAAUAGAGGACUGGAAUACAUAUCGUCAUCCAGCAAAAGGGUCAUCAAGUCUAGAGAAAUGGGACCUCCCUGCCAAAAUUGCCGAUUAAAAUGCAACGAGAAAAUCUCCAGUGAGGAAAGAAAACUAAUAUUCUCUGAUUAUUGGAGUCUAGGAGAUCUGCAGCGGCAACGAGAUUACUUGGCAAAAUGUAUGGAAUCUGUAACAUGCAGAUAUCAGUAUAAAAAUAGUAGGCGUGCUAGCAAUAAUGCGUUCUACUUUUUUAUCCGAGGAACUAAAAUAAGAAUAUGUAAACAUUUCUUCAGAGCAACAUUGGGUAUUACCCACCGUCCGAAAAGAACUGUGUUGGAAAAACAAAGAAGCUUUACCAAAGGGAUACUGUCGGGUGAACAGAGAGGGAAACACGGUAAUCACCAUCGCGUCGAUGAUGAUAUUAAAACUGGGAUUAGAAACCACAUAAAUUCGAUACCACGUAUAGAAAGUCACUAUUGUAGGAAAGAUUCGAAUAGAGAAUACAUUGAAGGGGGCAAAACAGUGGCCCAGCUACAUAGAGACUACGUCGAAUCAUGCAAACAAGCUGAGAAACCUUACGGCAACUACCUAAUGUACAGCAGAAUAUUCAAUUCUGAAUUUAAUAUUUCAUUCUUUUUGCCUAAAAAAGAUCAGUGCACGGACUGUGUUGCAUUCCAAAUGGCAUCUGGUGAAGACAGACAAAAUUUAGUUAGUGAUUAUGAGACUCACAUCGCUGAAAAAGACCUAUCACGCCAAAAAAAAAAAGAAGAUAAAGAAAAUAGUGAAAGCAAUGUAAUCGUUGCAGUUUAUGAUCUGCAGGCUGUACUUCAGUGUCCUAGAGGAGAGACAUCACCUUUUUACUACUGUUCAAAAUUGAAUGUGUUCAAUUUUACAAUUUACGAACUGAAAACAAAGGAUGUCCAAUGCUACAUGAGGGACGAGUCUGAAGGAAAUAGAGAUGUCUGCGAAAUAGGUACAUGCGUAUUAAAUUACAUUGAAUCUCUAGAAAGUAGAGCUAAUCAAAUGUAUAACAAGAAGAUUGACCUUAUCUUUUACUCCGAUAAUUGCUGUGGACAGCAGAAAAACCAUGUUAUGUUUAAAAUUUACCACCAUGCUGUCCAAAAAUACAAUUUUAUCAACUCAAUAACGCAUAAGUUCCUCAUCAGAGGACAUACCCAGAAUGAAGGCGAUAGCGUCCAUUCCGUGAUUGAACGACAUGUCAAGCGUUCGUUGAAGUCAGGCCCCAUAUUUAUUCCAGCCCAGUAUGUAACCAUAAUACGAACGUCCAAAGUAUCAGGUAGCCCCUACAGAGUGCAUGAGCUGAAUCAUGAAGACUUCCUUGAUUUAAAAGAUUUUGCUUCUACGGCAGCAAGAAGCUUCACAAAAAAUGAUAGAAACGAAAGUAUCAAGAUAGCAGACAUUAAAGUAGUAAAAGCGGAUAAGAAUAACCCUAAUAAAAUACUUUAUAAAACAUCUUAUGCUGAUGAAUACCAAACCAUUGAUAUAGGGCUUUCUAUAUACUGCAGAAGACGGAAUGUAGAAAACGAUGAUACUACUUCAAAUCAAAUUUCAUCAGAACUUACCAUGAAUGCUGGGGCUACAUUAGCGGGCUACGGCGAAUAUUCGGGCUACGGCGAUGUGUGUGGCCGGGUACAUCGUUACAACGCGGUGUAUUCGGGCGAAGACGAUGUAACAUCGGGUCGCUGUCGGUAA